AUGGUCCACUGCGGCGCCGGAGGAUCCCUCCCUCAUCGACUACCGCCACCCCGACAGAGUCGUAUCUUGACAGCACAGCAUAAAUUACUGCUCGUAUGGCUGUUUGCUGGCGUCGUUCCGUUUGUCCUGCAGACGCGCAGCUACCUCAAGUUCGUCACGCCGCACAAGAUAACCCAAAGCCUCAUCGUACCUCCAAACAUCGAGAAGGAGACUGCAAAUCUGACGGAGCUUUGCCCUGUCCAAGCGCUGAUCCUGUCCGGAGUUUGGUGGAACGUCCAGUCGACGCACUAUUACGUGGUCGGCAGCAAACGCCUCUGUCAUUUCGUCGCGCCGCAGUACAACACGCACGGGAAUGAUCUGAUUGGAGUCUCCAAGAUCGCACCGUACGCCACCACUCCAGCCAGUUGCGCCGACGACAGCUACAAGUUCGACCAGUACUUUUACCACGGGAGUAUCGGGUACUAUUCCUUCUACGAAGAGCAGUCCGGGACGUACUGCAAGAGAGACAACACAGUUUACAUCCGAGGCAACGGUCUCGGAUCAUUUGAUACCAAUGGCCCACCCCUUGCUGAAGACACUGGGAGCGAAGGGUACCGCCAUUCGUAUUAUUAUGGACUCGUUGGCUCUAUAUGGAUCACGUAUCGAGCUCUGGUACUACGAAGAAGCUUUAUUUCGUGCAAACGCCACGGCCGAAGAUGCGAUGAAUUGGGCGAGAGUCUUACGCGAAAAGAAGCCGUAAUUUUUGUCCAAGAAAAUCUACGGCUUUCGGCUCACGGUGCCACGAUAUACCACCGGAUUGCCCUUGUGUACCUGCUGGUUGAAGGGAUGAUGACGGAUCUGUUCCUGCUCGUCGCAAACGAGGGGAUCUUAGCCAAGGUGCAGUAUAUGUCGCUGGGCUACAACCUGUCUGGAUUUUUAUUGGUGGUCUUCGAGGUCAUUGAGAGCACCAAAUGCUUGAAGGAGAGACACCGAUUAUUUUUCAAGCGCUUAUGGUUCAGCUACGAGACCGCGUUACUGGGGGAGCUGCUGAGCGCAGCCUUGCAGGAGCAAAUGAUCACUGCGAUAAACCGUUCGAGUCUACUGGAACGGUCAAAGUCCACGGCGAUCGCAGUGUCCUACUACUUCUGGAGCCUGGUAGGCCACGGCAUCUUCAUCCUAGCGCUUGUGGGUUUUGUCAUGACGGCUCGAACUAUUUGGGCUGUGGGGUACGUUUGGUCGCGGUAUGGUCGCAACUCGUGGGCGAUUUUCACCGAGCCGUGCAGUGUUGACUCUACCCUGAAGCUACGCAACAAGAUGACGUCGCUGGGCGGCUAUCGGCUGGACAAUGGGAGGCUGUACUACCGAGCGGACGCGUUAAAAGCCUUCGGGUUGCUUAAACUUGAGGACAAAGGUGGCACCGAGUAUCUCAUACUUCAGAAGCAGUACUGGCUGGGGACAAGUAGAGAUAAUUUGUUCGUGAUCGGGAUCAUCUUGGGCCAAAGUGUGGAGCCAUGUGACGAGCGCCCGUGCACCGGUGAAGUAACUUUUUUUGAUUGUAGAUUAGGAGGAACUCUCGAUGGAUUUUGUAGUCGUCGACCACUCUACAUUCAAGUAAGAACAGCCUCGACUGAAACAACAGCAAUUAGUGAGCCCUAA